AUGCCGUUUUGCAUGCCAAUAACUUGCAAUAGGCAAAUUGAUUCUUUGGAUCGCCGACAGCAGAAUCUAACUGCGGUUCCGCAUGAUAUAGAAAGGUAUAGAGCCUUGGAGGAACUCCUGUUGUCUACAAAUCAAAUCGAAGAAAUCCCGAAGAAUUUAUUUCGUUUAACGAAACUUCGGUUUCUUGAUUUGAGCGACAAUGAUAUCAAAGCUAUCCCCUCAGAUAUCUCCCAUUUGCAAAAUUUAGUGGAGCUCCGUCUGCGUAAUAACGCAAUCUCCGAUAUUCCUGAGCAGUUGGCACAAUGCAGAUCUUUGAUGGUUUUCGACUUGAGCUCCAAUCCCAUUACACGGUUGCCUGAGGCUAUUUCUCAAUGCACUUCUUUAACCUACCUCGGCCUGAACGAUGUAUCUCUUACUCAGCUUCCUGUCGACAUCGGUAACCUUGUCAACCUUCGAUCUCUUGAGGCUCGAGAAAACCAUAUUAAAGCCAUUCCACCAUCUAUAACUGAUCUUUCCAAGUUGCAAAUGUUAGAUUUAGGUGAAAAUGAAUUUGAAUCUUUGCCCGUUAAUAUCGGUAAUAUGGAAUCCUUGAGGGAACUGUACAUUGAUAUGAAUGACGUCGAAACGUUUCCUGACCAAAUAACUCGUUGCAGAAAUUUAGAACAACUCGAUGCUAGUGAUAAUAAAAUAGGUUGCCUACCCGAGGACUUUGGGGCACUAGAUAAACUAACCGAUCUGAACUUGUCAGAAAACAUUUUACAAGUACUGCCUGGAUCAAUCGGACGGCUGAGGAACUUAACAAUACUAAAACUAGAUAAAAACAACAUUACAAGCCUUUGCGAAUCAAUUGGCAAUUGCGAAAACCUCACUGAACUAUUUUUAUCAGAAAAUUUGUUGACGGAGCUUCCUCAUACGAUUGGAAAACUGCAACGUUUGAGUUUAUUGAACCUAGACAAGAACGAUUUGACUCAUUUACCAGCUGAAAUUGGAAAUUGUGCAUCUCUAACAAUCCUAUCUGCUAGAGAAAACAAACUGAGCGAAGUGCCUAUUGAGAUAGGAAAAUGCUCUGAACUAGCUAUUCUCGAUUUAUGCAAUAAUCGCUUGAAUCAUCUCCCCUUCACUGUGAAUGUUUUGUUCCGCUUGAGAGCGAUUUGGUUAUCUGAGAACCAAGUUCAAGCAUUGAUGAAGCUACAAGUUGUCAGGGAUUCUAGGACCGGAAACAAAGUUUUAACUUGCUAUUUGUUACCACAACAAGGAGUUUGUUUAGAAUCUGAAAAUGAUAGAAAACCUUUGGGAGGAAACGGAGCAUGCGUAGGAGGACCAAAGGUUCAUUUCCCUGAUCAAGACUCUACUGUAGAUGAAGAGAAGUUACCAACUGGCCAGUUCGAAAGACAUGACACACCCAAGCCAAAAUCCCACAAGGAUAAAUUAAAGAAGAACAGUAUCGAUGGCCACGUAAUUCCUCACGCUGAUCAACAUAUCCAAGGAGCAACCUUGUCUCUUCACAAAAAGGGAACUCCAGAAUCAUCUCCACAAGGUCCCAUACCUACACCUAGAUCCGCUUUGAAGUUUCAAAGUGUUUCACCAGGGCAGUAUGAACCAGAAUCCCUGAGACAAUCACAAACAAGUUUGUCAGCCUUAGCCACUGCGUCAACAUCUGCUCCAGUACCCACUCCUCCAAGUCGGGAAAUGGAAAAAAACGUUGCAUUCACUAAUGACGUGUUUGAUAGUUCUGCAAACUGUCGUCUAAAACGGAUUAACACUCCACACUAUAAAGGUGUUCGUGGAGCAUUAAGCGGGGGAGAGAAAGAUCGAGUAUCAAGAGCAUCGAACGCUCCCGAGCCCACAGUGAAAAGAAUAUUCAUCCGGCGUGAUGAGAAAGGAGGACUAGGCCUUUCUAUUGCCGGAGGAUUAGGAAGCACACCUUACAAAGAUGAAGAUCAUGGUCUUUUCGUUUCGAAAGUAGUCCCUGGCUGUUCAGCAGAUAUUGCUGGAUUGAAAGUUGGAGACAAGUUACUUCGUGUUAACUCCACGGAUGUUACGAAUGUCACCCAUGACAUCGCUGUCAAAGCGAUGCAAAUAGCUAAAGUGGUUGUUGAGCUAACCGUUUUGAGAAAUGAAGAUGCCGUGACAACAUUCACACCCGCCCCUAAAACUCCGGAGCAUACCUUAGACAUUUCAUUUAUGUCAGAAAUCGCUGACGUUUCCUCUCUCAAUAAGGAAACGAUAAGCGCUACGCUUCGUAGAGACGGGUCAGGAUCUGUUGGAUUCUCUGUCGCUGGUGGGGUUGGAUCUGGAAGAGAUGGUAUUUUCAUAAGUGCCAUAUCGAAGAACGGUGUUGCCGAUAAACACGGAAAGAUUUUGGUUGGAGAUAGAGUGUUAACCAUCAAUGGAACGAAGAUGAAUGGUGUCCGGCAUGAUCAAGCAGUAGCUCUGCUAACUGGUUCUCCCGGAGAAGAUGUUUACUUGGUUGUUCAAAGAGAUCGAAGUGUUAAUUCUCCAACAAUGCAAUCCACACCUUUACGGAGUACUUCGGGUCAUAACUCCGCUAACACUUCUAUGAAUCAAUCAUUCUCUCCCAUGCCGUUACCAGCCAUGGCUAAGUCACCGACUACAUCAGUGCCGGUAACACAGCUUGGUGAUACUUCCUCUUGGGAUGGUAGGACGGAAGAAGUUGAACUUCGUCGGGACGGAAAAUCAUUAGGAUUAUCGAUUGUGGGUGGUUCUGAUCAUGCGAGCCAUCCAUUCGGCGUUAAUGAUCCAGGAGUGUUCAUUAGUAAAAUCGCUGCCAAUUCUCCAGCGGACAGAUGUCAAAGGCUACGCAUAGGUGAUCGCAUAUUAGCUGUCAACAACCAUGAUGUCAGUAAAGCUGAGCAUAAAAUUGCUGUGGAGGCUCUUCAAACUGCCGGACCCAUUGUACGUAUCCGUGUCACGCAUGAUCCUCAACCAAGUGGCUUGAAAGAGGUGUUGUUAGUCCGAAACGGCAACAACCCCCUAGGGUUAUAUAUUCACGGUGGAGUAAGAGGGCCAGCUGCCAAUCCCAAUGACACAUCUGAUGAGGGGAUCUUCAUGGAAAGAGUUGAUCCAAGUUCCAUAGCUGAAAAAGCUGGUCUUACUGCUGGCCAUCGUAUCAUCGAAGUGAAUGGAGAACCCUUGUUAGGAUGUACGCAACAAGAUGCAGCUGACAUUCUAAAGGGCCAGCAAGAGUUGAGGCUGUUGAUUUGCAAUGGAUAUAAUAAACAGGAGCCGAAAUCAGUAUCGACACCUUCAAUUUACUCAUCCGGUGUUGAUGAGAAUGGAACGUCCUCUCCUACUGUCCCAAUUUCACCAAUUAAUCCCGAUACUAACGGAAUAGAAGAAGUUGAAGACGUCAAGUCCCCGACAGAUUCUGAUAACUCAGUACUAUCGAAGGCUUCUGUGAUACCGCAAUUGAAAAAAGUACCUCCACCAGUCCCUCCAAAGCCGACCUUAAGGAUAUCUCAGACCCAAAACACAUCUGCUAACGGAGUCGCAUCUACAACGCAACCAGAAACGCUGAGCUUUUCGAAUAAGCUGAAACGUUUCGAACAAGAAAUCGAAAUCAAAAAGCUUGAAUCACUUCAUAGCGCAGUGUUCGAGCCUCCAGGAAAUUGUUAA